UUCAUCAUUAAUAACUAUUUAUAACUAUAUAUGUAUAGAACGACAAAUAAACGUCAGUAAGAAUCAUGAGUAAUAUGCAUAUAAUCACUACGGAAAUGGACGAAGAAAUAUCCGCAGAUGAGGAAGAAAUUCUUGUAUAUGUAGAAUUUGAAGGGCUUGUUGAUGGUAAUGUGUUUAGUGAAAAAGAAUUACGAUUAGAUAUGAUCGGUAUAGAUACGGAACAUCCUAUAAUGCAAAUUAAUGGAAAGUUUUAUGAGGGUUCCUAUGAAGAUGUUGUCGGUACUUAUAUGUUUUUUACAAAAAAUGAUAAUCCCAUGAUAGAUGACCCUGUCUUUGAUGCUGCUCCAAAUUUUCAAUAUUUUGCUAAAACCAGAAAAUUUCUAAAAAUGCAAAGAAUCUUUACAAAGUCUAGAACAGAAGUUCUAGGUGAUUCUGAAAAUAAUGAGUGUAUUCCAAAUCCAAAUACACUUAAACAAGCAGGAAUACCUUUUCAAUAUCAAGAAGAAGCUCUUUUAUUUUGGAAGACUCUGCGAGAUAAUAGGUUAAAUGCAUUACAUUCAUAUUUAGAAAAACAACGAAUCAGACAAGAAAAAAAAUCUCAAGGUAUAAUAUUAGAGUCUGAGUCUGAUGAGGAUAAUCCAUUUGCUAUAUAUAACCAUAAGGAUGAAGUCUCUAAUUUUAAUAAGUCUAUUCAUGUUGAUGCAAAGAAGGAAUUAAGUUACUGUGAUAAUCAAAUUGAUUCAAAAUGUAUGUAUCCUAACGAAAUUAAUGAUCAAACUUCAAACACCAUUGAAGACAAUUGUUAUGAAAAUCGAAAGAAACAUAAAAUUUCAUUAGAAUCUGAAUCUUCAGUCUCAAAAAAUGAUAAUCAUUGUUUAAUGAGAUCUGUAAAAGGUUAUAAGACUAAGCUAGCUCGAAACAAACAACUAAGUGUGAGUCGAAAUAGACAAAGCAAAGAACUCAAAACAAAACGUAUUUUAUUAGAAAAACAUAUGGAUGAUGAUGAAGUGUCAAGUUUGAAAGACACAUCUGAUAAGUCUAAUAUUGCUAAAAGUUUUAAUUCAUUAGAAAUUAGUGAAAAUGAAAAUACAGAAGGAAAUAACAGAUGUGAGAUCAUAUCAAAUGAUUAAAUAAAUCCAUAAAAUGUCAAAAUUAUAAAAGAACUUAAAUGAGAAGGAAAGAUGAAAGAAAUUUCACAAUAAUUAAAAUAGUUGCAAAAGGACAUUUUCAAUCGCAUGCAACAAUAAAUU